UCGGAAAGCAAGGGACGGGUUGUUGCAAGAGAGAAAAGAAAUUGGCCAGAAGCAAUCUCUUGAUGGAUUUUCUGAUGAAAUGUCCCACGCAGCAGAGCACCCGGACUCUCCCGGUUGCAUAUCCUUUUUUUUUCGGUUUCGCGUGUUUGUAGCGCGUCGUUUGUUUUUUCGCCCGGUAUAAUAUUCGAUAAUUCCGGAUUGCCAACCAUUUUCUUCGAGUCUCGUGUUGACGAUCGCAGCGAGCGCGUCGUGUCCCCGCUUGUUGUCGUCAGUUUCGAGACAGCGAGAAAAGCUCGGAUCGCAUUUGUCGUUCGGUGUCGCGCCGCGGUCGCUCGACUUGUCUGUCGGCCGACGCUCCGCGUUUCUCCGCCUGUCUGCGAGAACACGUUCCUAGACACCGGAAUCUUCUCCUACGAUCGAACAUGGAGAUAAACGGUCAAGAAAAUGGCCCGAGUGGCAGUGGCUCGAUUCCGUCCUCGAGUUACGCGAGCGUGAUACAGACGUGUUUCCCAACGAAAGAGCAAGCGAUAGUGCUGGAUGCCCUGGAAGAUAUCUCCGUGAAAGAGUACAUCGUUGCGAUCGGCAGGAUCAUCGAUCCCGGGAACAUCAGAUUCGCCUCCAGGAUUGCCGACAACAAGAUCUGCGUCUAUUUGUCGUCCAAAUCCGUCGCGGACAAGAUCGUGACGGAGAAGCUGAACGUCGAAGUCCGUGGACGUCCGCUGUCGAUCAGACCAUUGACGGCGAAAGCGAAACACAUAGUUCUGUCGAACGUGUGCCCGGUUAUACCGCACUUGGAGAUAGAAUCUGCUUUUAAGAAGAUUGGAAUCCGAUUGUUGUCGCCGAUCUCCUUCGUCAAGGCUGGUUUCACCGAAUCCGGCUUCACUCAGAUACUCAGCUUCAGAAGACAGGUGCACAUCCAUCCGGACGACGAGAACAAGCUGCCCGGGCACCUUCGGGUGAACUUCGAGAACACCGGAUACUGGAUCUCCGUCUCCGCGAACAAGCAGAAGUGUUCUCUGUGCAAAAACGAGGGCCACACGGCGGAACAAUGUCGCAAGCUUUCCAACGACAGAAGCAACUCGAACGAUUCCUCUCUGUCUCGAGUGGAUCAAACCGUAUCGGAGAACCGUUCUCCCGAUACUUUGGACGCUCGCGCGGACCACUCGCAAGCUGCUCUUCGUAACGCGAGCACGACCGAAGCGAGUAAACCCGUCAAGAGACCUCUUGUCGAAAGCGCGUCGACGGAACCGACUCGCGCCGAUUCGGAGAUCGUAACCCCUUCGCGAGCCGAGGUCGUUGCCAAAGCGUCGCCUACCAAGCCGACUCCCGAUUCCGAUGGACCGGAAUCCGCGCGAACCACUGGAACGGAGGAAACAAUGACGCCGAGCAAAAAGAAACUACGGAAGAUAAACGACAAGAAAUGGGUCGUGCUCUGCAACCAAUAAAACGAGCACCUGUUCUACGUGCGCGCGCGUACGCUCCGGAUUACUUGAUCGACCGACGACGGAUCUAUGGAAAACAGAUUCUCGGGAAUACGGAAAAAGCUGGAACGAUCGAACACGAUACGUACUCCGCUGGCACCGACGAUGACUCGGAUCCGAAUGCAUCUUCGGACAUGGAUCUUCUGCUUUCCUUCGUCGAUUUCACUUCUAGCGAGCUUGCUAGGGUAGAAUCUGAGAAGCAGCCGUACAAUGGUGGAACUGUGAAGGAUCCGGAGAGCACGGAGGCGAGAAGAAAUGAGUUGGACGUGACACAAUGACAUGAUGAAGAGCCUGGUGGGGAUCAUGUGGAUAGUGUUGGUGCUCAUAUCAGGAUGCUCAGGAAACCCAGACGCCAAGCGACUGUACGACGACCUCCUGUCGAAUUACAACAAGCUGGUUCGUCCAGUGGUCAACGUCACAGACGCCCUCACCGUUAAAAUCAAGCUCAAACUCUCCCAAUUGAUCGAUGUAAACCUGAAGAAUCAAAUCAUGACGACUAACCUGUGGGUCGAGCAGUCAUGGUACGAUUACAAGUUAAAGUGGGAUCCGAAAGAAUAUGGUGGGGUGGAAAUGCUGCACGUGCCAUCCGAUCAUAUAUGGAGGCCCGAUAUAGUUUUGUACAACAAUGCCGACGGUAAUUUCGAGGUGACGCUGGCCACGAAGGCGACGCUGAAUUACACAGGUAGGGUCGAAUGGAAGCCACCGGCGAUAUACAAGUCUUCCUGCGAGAUCGACGUCGAAUAUUUUCCGUUCGACGAGCAAACGUGCGUCAUGAAGUUCGGCUCGUGGACUUACGAUGGCUUCCAGGUCGAUCUCAGGCACAUCGACGAGAUCCGUGGCAGCAAUGUCGUCGACAUCGGCGUCGAUCUGUCGGAGUUUUACACUUCCGUCGAGUGGGACAUCCUCGAAGUCCCAGCCGUGAGAAAUGAAAAAUUUUACACGUGCUGCGACGAGCCUUACCUCGACAUCACGUUCAACAUCACCAUGAGACGGAAGACUCUAUUUUACACCGUCAACCUUAUAAUACCGUGCAUGGGUAUCUCGUUUCUCACGGUGUUGGUCUUCUACCUGCCAAGCGACAGUGGCGAGAAGGUCAGCCUAUCAAUUUCAAUUUUACUGUCGCUGACUGUGUUCUUCCUCCUGUUGGCCGAAAUCAUCCCGCCCACAUCGCUCGUGGUACCGCUUCUCGGUAAAUUCGUCCUUUUCACCAUGAUCCUAGACACCUUCAGUAUAUGCGUAACCGUGGUAGUCCUCAAUGUUCACUUCCGGUCGCCACAGACGCACGUGAUGGCGCCGUGGGUCCGUCGUGUUUUUAUCCAUGUUCUGCCAAGACUACUGGCGAUGCGCAGGUAUAAUACGUCUUCGAAGAAAUCCGAUUACGAUUCCAGGCCGCAGUACCAGAUAGAUAAACGUAGCAUGGCCGGCCAUCACGGGCAACGCGUGAUGGUUAGAACGUGCAACGGUCUCGAAUUACGGGAUCCAUCUUUGUUCGUCGAGACUUCGGCGUCGGAGCUGGUCGAAUCCUCCGUUUUAUUCCCGAGUCUCGAUUCGCAGGACGAAUUACACCCUCGGGAAUUGGAGGCGGUGAAUUUGGGAAGCGCGUGCCGCAUCCACGGGUCGCCAGCAGCCACGGCCGCACCUCCACCGCAACUCCCGACUGAGGAGAGCGUGGACGCUCUCUGUAACACGCUUCAUCAUUGGCAUCACUGCCCAGAACUGUACAAGGCCAUCGAAGGCAUUCGUUUUAUCGCCGAUCAUACAAAGAGGGAAGAGGACUCUACUAGAGUGAAAGAGGAUUGGAAGUAUGUCGCGAUGGUCCUCGACAGGCUAUUCCUGUGGAUUUUUACACUAGCCGUGUUCGUCGGAACGGCGGGCAUCAUUCUUCAGGCGCCGACGCUGUACGACGACCGCAUGCCGAUCGACGUGCGACUAUCCGAGAUCGCCUCCACCACUGCCAAGCCACACAUCGUCACGAGCCUCUGAGAGACAAUUGUUAAUUUUCGUUACAUCCACGUACAACGCAUGCUCACGUACACACAGUACAUACACAUAUACAGUACAUAUAAAUAUAUACAAUAUAUAUAUAUACAUGAAUACAUGUACCGCAGAAGCGCGCAAGGAACAAAUAUAAAAUGCGUUCACGUUGA